CCUGUCUUAUCAACUCCCAGAACUUUCGUCCAGGAGGCGAAAGGAAAGCUCCAUUAGAGCUCCCUCACUCCCUUGUCUCGUCUCGUCUCAUCAUCGUCAUCGUCUUCGUCUUCGUCUUCGCCAUCGUCAUCAUCUUCAUUCUUCAUUCUUCAUUCUUCUUCUUCCGUUGAGUUUCGUCUUCGGCUAUUGACUCUGAGAAGGUUGCUCAGAAAGCUCAUAGUUUUUACUUGCAGCUAAAUCAGGUGAACAGGAUUGACAUUCGUGUUCAGAAAUGGCGAGCAUUAUCUCGGCCCCGAGUUUCAUCUCAACCUCUCAGAGAAGAAACAGCAAAGUCUACCGGCAAGUGGCUGGAUGCAUCAGGAGAUCCCCGGCUAUACAGGCUAUGCGAGUAGAGAAGCCCCUGGAAGAGCUGUACAACGUUAGAGUGGAGAGAAAAGUCUCUCAGCAGAGGCUUGCAGAGCUCGGGGUGUCGCGGUGGUCCGUUUGGAAGACAGGUAAAUGCCAGUUACCCUGGGACUGGCAAGUGGACCAGCUGGUUUAUAUCGAGGAAGGGGAAGUUCGCGUUGUGCCCGAAGGAAGUGAACGAUACAUGCGGUUCUUGGCGGGUGACCUUGUCCGUUACCCCAAGUGGUUCGAGGCCGACCUCUACUUCAACGGUCCAUACCGAGAACGGUAUAGCUUCCGAGCAUAUGGUGAUGACUAGCAGUCUCAGGGGGAUCAGUUGAAUGAACCUUUUGGUCUAUUUUUGUUUGGGUUUGUUCUCUGUAGUCUACCAUUUCACAAGGCAAUUUUCCUUCUGCUGUAAACUGAUGUUCGCUCCGAACUGGUGCCUGUAUCGGUUAAUUUCCCUUGUAUUGUAGUCAAAUUGAGGGCUUUGCCAGCUUGAGGUGGAUGUUCAUAUCGAGGUCCGGCCCAGGCACGGGUUUCGGAAGCAUAGCAAGCCAUCAAGGAAGAAAACUUCUACA